CUCCACGCCUCUCUCCCUCAGUCUGAGGCAGACUCCGAAACUCUGAAAACACGAUUCAGAGCCGAAUGCGUGGAUUUCAUGCAGCCGGUCACAUGAAACCUCUUGCUUUUUAGCCGACAUAAACACACAAGAAACAUAUCCUAUUUCACACCAGUUUUGGUGCCUUGUUAUUUUAUUUAUUUUCUUUUUUUUUUUUUUGACUACCCACUUCCUUUGAUCUAUAGAGGAGGAUUAAGAUCAACGCAGACGGGGAAAACAGGAAUGUUUCUUCCGCCUCCAAACAGUGAGAAAACACAACGGAAGCCGAUGUGGUAUCUGUAGUUUGUCUGCGGAUCUUUGUACCCCUACCUUCAGUGCCACUGCUUGUGCCUCGACAGCUCAGCUCUGCCUCCGGCUUUGGUUUCCGCCAGUACUCCCAGAAGAAACUCUGCGACAAGCAAGAGGCCCCUGAGACCUCUGUAUGUCUCAUAGCUCCUACAGACCUAUUUCUUGUUUUACCUCCCUCUGUUUCCCCUUCAGCAGCCACAUUUUAACAUAACUGAACACCGUAGAGCUGUUCUGCCACAUCACACUUCAGAAUUGCUCUUCGGUUCGGGAUAAGAGUUUGACGCUUGACUGGAAGUUAACUUGGUGCUCCUCAGACGGGGGGGAGGAAGGCCGCUGAACACAGUGCUGCUUUCCCCGGAGAUGAAGCUGCAGGCCGUGAUGGAGAACCUGCACAGGCAGCAGAGGGCCAAGCUUCUGAUGGAGCAGCAGCUACAGCAGCAGGCCAUCUCUCAGCACGCUCAGGGCCGCACAGGAGACAAUCCGAUGGAGAGCCCUGCCCCCGAGGGCGAGCAGGCCCAGAUAGCGGCGCUGGCAGCCAUGCGAGCUGCGGCGGCCGGGCUGCAAAGAGUGUCAGACAGCCCCAUGUCGAAGCGCAGCAGCGGCGGAGAGGAGGAGCGUGAAGAUGACAACGAUGAAGGGGAGGAGCAUUACAAGGACAUGAUGGGCUCAGAUGAGGAGGAACAGAUAAAAAGAAAAUGGAACGAGGGGGACUUUGAAAGCGACAUGGAAGAAGACUAUGAUGAUGACCUGGCAGAGGAAGGCUUGCCGACAGGCCACGACGCCCUGGCUCCAGGAAAGGGCAUCCUCCUGCUGCCCCACCGUCAGCUCCACCCCCACUCCCAGCUGCUAAAGGUCCGUCCCAGUGUCGAACAAGAGCCCCGCGUUGCCAUCAUGCCUCCCCACGCUCCACACAGCCACCUGGGGGGACAGGACCAUGGAGAAUGGACCUAUGAGGAGCAGUUCAGACAGCUUUACGAGCUGGAUGGAGACCCCAAAAGGAAAGAGUUUCUGGACGACCUCUUCAGUUUCAUGCAAAAAAGAGGAACACCCGUGAAUCGCAUUCCCAUCAUGGCCAAACAGGUCCUGGAUCUGUACAUGCUCUACAAGCUGGUGACAGAGAAGGGCGGCUUGGUGGAGGUCAUCAACAAGAAACUGUGGAGGGAGAUUACCAAGGGACUUAACCUGCCUACCUCAAUCACCAGUGCAGCCUUCACUCUUCGCACACAAUACAUGAAGUACCUGUACCCAUAUGAAUGUGAUAAAAGAGGUCUGAGCAACCCCAAUGAGCUCCAGGCAGCCAUCGACAGCAAUCGACGAGAAGGCAGACGGCAGAGCUUCGGCAGCUCCCUUUUCACAUACUCCCCCAACGGGACCCCCACCAUGCUAUCCUCCCCAAAAGUCUCUACGCCUAGCAUGAGCUUGACAGUGGGCACCAACGGAGCAUCGUUGGCCCCCAUGCAGAAGAUUAAGAAAGAAGAGGAGGGAGGCCAGCCGCUGCCGGGGGUCGGUAUCCCUCGUCUGCCAGUGGGUCCCAUACCUGGUCACUCAGUGGCCGCCGUGCAGGCAGCGGCAGCCCAGGCAGCGAUGGCAGCUCAGGUGGCAGCUCUGGAGCAGCUGAGGGACAAACUGGAGGCAGGUGAGCCCCCUGAGAAGAAGAUGGCCCUGCCUGCAGAGGAGCACCACCGGCUGCUGCAAAGAGCUCUGCAACACAACCUGCUGGCCAUGACUGCUCAGAUACCUAUGAACAUCCGCAUAAACAAUCAAGAUGGCAGGCAAGAGUCUGCUCUGAACCUCACCACAAACGGCACAAACAGCAUCAGCAUGUCAGUGGAGCUCAAUGGAGUGGUGUACACUGGUGUUCUUUUUGCUCAGGCAGCAGCAGGGUCAGCUUCGUCCAGUGCGUCUGUGUCAUCCCUCUCCAACAAGCCCGUCAGCAGUCGUAUUGCUCCACAGCAGCAGCAGCAGCAGCAGCAGCAGCAAAACACACCUACCUCAGCUUCCAACACCCCACUGUCUUAACAAACCCCUCCUAAUUUUUUUUUUUUUUUAUUGUUAUUACCACGCUAAGAAAAGCCAAAAAGCAACCUCAUUUUCUACAUCAUCUAUGCCAAAAAGAAAAGAGAAGAACCAUCAUCAGUACAGAAAGACAAACUG